UGAACAUGGAGACCGCGGGCUCUGGGCCUGGGGAGCCUUCUCCACUAGAGGCUCCAGCGUCCGCAGACGAUCGGCUCUUCCUGAUUAAAGGGCACUAUGGCCACAGCUGCCUUACCAGAGAGUGGAUCUUCCCUUGCUCUGCGAGCCCUAGGCUGGGGUUCUCUUUAUGCCUGGUGUGGGGUCGGCGUGAUCAGCUUUGCAGUCUGGAAAGCUUUAGGAGUUCACAGCGAGAAGGGAGGCGCAUGCUCUUGCGGUCGGUCGGCUUCUACUGCUAACACUCCUGCCCCUCCCUCUUGCUGCCGUGUCCAGGAGUGCACCAUGGUUAGUUAGGAAACAGGCAAAAGUCCCUAAACAAGAGGUCCUCCAGCUGGAUACGCUGAACGAGGAGCCCGUUUAUCCCGCCAUGCUGUCUCUUGGUAAACAGCACAGCCACCGUUGUUGUGACUCAAGGCUUCAGCCUUAUUUUCAUCUAUUGUUACCAGAACCAUUUUGAUAUACACACUAGGAUCAGGAAACAAUUAACUCCAGGGGUCUGGGUUGGGUGUUAUACAUCAACAUUAAAGAAUAUGGGUUGUAGAACUAACUCCAGUAUUUCCUUGCUGGGGGUGAAAGCCCUUUUUAAGCCUCCGUGCAGGCUUGCAGUUGCUGGAGCCGGAAGACCCAGCCUGUGCUGAGCCCAUGCGCAGCCGCAGUGGGAGGAGGGGCUGCGCCCGUAAUGAGGGGCGACCGACCGGACCGACCGUUUGGACCUCAACUGCCUUCCUCACCCGGUUCACUUCCUCCACCCGAGUGAGCCGCCAUGGCCUGGGCUGCGGGCAUCUUGCGAGCCAGCAAAAGAGUGGGUGCAGCCAGAGUGGAUUUCAGGGACCAGGGCAUAGCUCUGUGGCCCAGUCGGGUGCUGGGUGUCCCCCGCAACCGGGCCUGGUGGAACGCCACUCCCGCGUCUACCAUGUCGACCGUGAAGGAUAAACUUAUCAAGCGCAUCAGCUCCGAAGAGCCGGUUCUCCACAACAAGGUCUCCAUUAUAGGAACCGGAUCAGUCGGAAUGGCCUGCGCCAUCAGCGUCAUAGCCAAAGGCCUGGCCAAUGAGCUUGCCCUUGUUGACAGUAAUGAAGCAAAAAUGAAGGGCGAGACGAUGGAUCUCCAGCAUGGCAGUGUCUUCAUGAAAAUGCCCAAGAUUGUUUGCAGCAAAGACUUCCACGUCACGGCCAACUCUGAGGUAGUUAUUGUCACAGCAGGGGCACGCCAGGCGAAAGACGAAACGCGCCUGAAUUUAGUCCAGCGGAACGUUACCAUCUUUAAGGUGAUGAUUGCCAAUAUUGUCAAGCACAGCCCCCACUGCAAAGUGAUCAUUGUUUCCAAUCCAGUGGAUAUCUUAACUUACGUAACCUGGAAACUCAGCGGAUUUCCCAAAAACCGUAUUAUUGGAAGUGGCUGUACCCUUGACACUGCUCGCUUCCGGUUCAUGCUUGGGGAGAGGCUUGGCAUCCACUCUGAAAGCUGCCACGGGUGGGUCCUUGGCGAGCAUGGAGACUCAAGUGUCGCCGUGUGGAGCGGAGUGAACAUCGCCGGUAUGCCUCUGAAAGAGCUGAAUUCAGAGCUAGGAACUAGCAAAGACCCCGAGCAGUGGGGAAAUGUCCACAAAGAUGUGAUUGCCAGUGCCUAUAACAUUAUCAAAAUGAAAGGCUAUACUUCCUGGGCCAUCGGCCUGUCCGUAGCUGAUAUUGCAGAAAGCAUUCUGAGGAACCUCAGGAAAACGCUUCCAGUCUCCACCAAUGUUAAAGGUCUAUACGGAAUCAAAGAAGAGGUGUUUCUCAGCGUGCCUUGUAUCGUGGGAGAAAACGGCAUCUCAGAUAUUAUAAAGAUGAAGGACUUUCGAAGUAAGAUGCAAUCCAUAUUCCCAGCAAUUCCCAAGAACUCCGAGUCAGCCGCUACGUGGGAGGAGGCACUCAGCUCUAAGUGAGAUGGGUGUGGGUGACUCCAGAGGAGCUGGUGCAGGAAUGGCAGCUCUGGGGACACCACAUGAGAAAAGGGACUGGGGUGACUCUGCUCCAGGAACACGUGCAGACGGCCGGUCAGCGCAGGGGCCACAGCCAUAGCCAUCUGUGUCCAUGUCUAUGGUACAGGGAGGGAAUGUUUUCCUAAAGCUAAGACAACGAUUUAAUUACUGAGAAGUUCCCCUCAAGGAGGGGUCCCAGAGGAAAUAUUCAUGUUUAGAACAAUAAACCAUGUUUCAUACUCACAAAAGAGUAAGAUAGAAAAUCUUCGCAAGGGCUGGAGAGAUCCCCGUGGUUAAGAGCACACAUUGCUCUUGCGGAAGACCCCAGUUCAUUUCCCAGCAUCCACUUCGGGUGGCUCAAACCACCUGC